AUGCAGGAAGGGUACACCCCAUCCAAGGCCGAUUCAUCCCUAAGGGUGUUGAAGGAAACACUCAACAGAGCAAAGCUGUGGCUGAGGGACCUGGAGAAGGAAUUCCUUCCGGAUGAAAUUGUCAUUGCCUUGGUGGGCAACAAGAUGGACCUUGCUGCUGAGCGAGAAGUUGCCACCGAGGAGGGGGAAGAGUUUGCAAGGACCAAAGGCCUUCUGUUCAUGGAGACGUCUGCAAAAUCCAACCACCAAGUAAAUGAUAUCUUUAUGGCCAUAGCCCAAGAGCUCCUGCAGCGGGAACAAAAGAAGGCAUCUGCCUCAUCCCCGCAUGGGAGGUCAACAGUUGACCUGGGGGAGAGCGGGGUGAAGAGGAGGUGCUGCCAGUUCUGAGGAUGGACAGCUGUGGACCUCAGGCUGCACUGCCAGCAGUGGCUGGAUGAGGUUUCCAAGAGGAUCAACGACAAUGUUGGGAGAUGCAGAACUACAGGGGCAGCUCAGCCCAACCACUCUCCUCCUCAGAGGAAGGUCAGAGCCUGUCCUAGGGACACAGGACCUCUUCAAUUCUCCAGGAGGUAAAGCCUGGGGGGCUUCUUCCACCAACUUUCUGCUACCAGAGAGGAGCAUGACACUCUGGUACUCCUGCCACCAGCCCUGACUGGUGACACACCCUGCCCCAGCUGCCUGUC